AAAAAACAAAAAAAAUAAAUAAACAUGAAUUUAUUGUUCCUAGUAAUUAUUUUAAAAAUGGCACUACUUACUACCAACAUAACCGAUGGUUAUAGCCGAAAUUUUACUUUCAUUUAUCGUAACUACUUGCAGCAUAUGUUGGAUACUAUCGACAACGAAGUGAAACCGUGCGAGAAUUUUUUCGAACAUGCAUGCGGCAAUUUUGGAAAAGGAACGCAAACAUUGAACAAUUUCGAAGAUUUCGAAGAAUUAUCUCAAUUAAUUGAAUAUGAAGAAAUACCGCCAUUUUUAUAUAAUCGUCAAGAUCGUUUCAAAUUUUUUGUGAACAAUAGACAUGAGUUUCGUACGAAAACUGGCAUUAUCUUAAACGAUUUAUAUGAUUUAUGUAAAACCGCAGAGAAUUUAAAUCAACGUCACUUAUGGUAUCGUUUAUUAAAUGAAAUUCCAUUUCUGGCAUCCGAUCGUGGAGGGUUGAUGAAAUGGCCGUUUUUACGCUUUCAAUGGUUAGAGUUUAGAAGUGAAUUGAAUUUAGAUUGGAUAUUGCUGGCAGCCGAGUUCGCCGCUCACGGUUUCAAUUCAUUUUUGGAAGUGUUCUUUGUAGAAAAUACGGUCUUCGUCGGACCGAACGAAAAUAUAAAUUGUCCAAAUCUUGAAGAGAUUGCUAAUGAUUUAAAACCACUUAUAUAUCGAGAACGUCAUAUACAAAUUGCUUAUAUAAUUGCGAACGAGUUGAGAACAUUUUGCCGUCAACUAAAUGGAGAAAUAUCAUCAUCAAUGGAAAUUGACACAAUAGAAACGGAUACAGAAUUAUUUAAGCAGCAAAUAUUGGAUAAAUAUUUUCAAAGAUAUUUUCUAAGCAUGAAUUUUUCGGAUAUAAAUCUUGAGAAUUCACGAAAAGUUACCAUCCGAUUAAGACGUUUAAAUGAAAUAUUUCUCAUAUUGCAAGCGACAGAUGAUCGUAUCAUUUAUAAUUUUAUAUUAUGGCAUAUGAUGCGACAAUUGCAUAUAACGGAUUGUUUUAAUUUAAUUGAAAACUUUGAAGAUUUAUUAAUCGCCGAAUAUUGGAAUUGGCAUAUAUUCGAACCUCAAAUUAAUCGAGAUGUUGCUCUCGCCAUGUAUCUCUUUCAUACAACCAGAUUUCAAAAGUAUCGCCGUAAAAUAUUACUCAGUAAUCAAUGGGAUCGUUUUUUAUCUACAAAAUUAGAACGUAAAGAUUUUAAUAUCGAACGUUCUAUAAAAUAUUACGCUCGAGAUUAUUUAAAUCCGGACAAUAUUAGCACAAUUUACGAAUCAUUUGAUGGACAUCCGGUGUGGCUGCCUUAUUAAAUUAUAUGGACUUAUAUUCUGAAGGGCAAUCACUACAACCUUAUCCCAGCUGGGAACCUAGUACCAUACAUGCAUUUUUUACUGAUAUCGGCCGCAUGAAAAGUAUUCAAAACAUUUGUUACAUCUUUAUAAGACUCGGGUGCCUCUUCCAUAACGAGUUUAAGUGAAGCGCCCCGUAUUGCUCCUCCCAUUUAUUCCAAUCGUUCUAAAACGCAUUAACCCACGGCUCUAAUUAAAAGUUAUAAUUAUAAAUCUGUUCUAUUUCAUAUUAGUAAAUAGUUCUACUUACCGCUCCGUGACAUGUAAAGCCAAAUGUUUUCUGCAUGAGUUUUUCCGUACCAGUUAACACAUUGUUCCCAUUGUACCCCCAACCAAAAAAGCAAAACAAGUUAGUCAGUAAGUUGAUAAUCUACUGGUAUCAAAGGAUGAUGUGGAGGAAAUGUUCGGGUAGAACCUUUGCGAUGGAUCACCAAUUUCUUUUCCUUAACAUCUACUUUUCUUUCCGUGGGAUGUUCAGAGGGAUUGGAGCCAACAGCAUCCAUCCACACUUUAUCCUUAAAUUUUUAUACAUUCGUAUAUAUUCAUAAGAGAUUAGGUACAAGACAAAUAUUAUUGCUAUUGCAUAACGUAUGGUCUACCUAGCCGGAAAUAAACUUUGGUUGUUCUCGACAGCCAGCGCGCAGUUAAAAAUAAACGUUUCAUCAUUCAUAUAUUUCGUAAGUUCACCAUGAAAAAACCAAAAAAUCAUUCGUCGGGAUGAUAUACCAAAUUUUUACGCAAAAAAGAUUAUUUCUUAUAAAAACACAACAAAAUUCAACUUUUUUUUGGUUUCAAUGCAACUUCCAUCGAGUAUUAU